CCAUGGUAUCGGAAAAGCCUCCUAGCCGGGCACUAAGCAGUGCUAAUAGUACCCUACACCGAUCCCGCCAGCGGGCAGACAUCGACCCGGAAACGGAAGAGGAGUUGUUGUUCCUGUCCCGACCCGUCACUCACGAGGACCCCCUCAGGGACGACCCCCUCAAAGAGGACCCUGAAAACUUUAGGUUGGAACUAACCCCUGUUCGAGCUUUGGAGCCUCAUGAGGUCAGACAGGAGAUCUAUAGACGAGAAUGUAGGAAACUGAACGUGAUUCCGCUCAGCAGUUACCUCAGAAACCCCAUCAGGAAUGUGUUGGUGGUACCUCAUAGCGGACUGGGCCCAAGAGGCGCCAUGGCGCUGGCGGCGCCACUAAUGUUGGACCACAAUAUAGUUUAUCUGGACAUCGCAGGAAACAAUAUCGGACCGCUGGGUCUAGAACAUAUGGUGGAAGCAUUUCUAGAGACGUUAUCUAUCACACACUUGAAUCUAUCGGAUAAUGAGCUAGGCAGCGAUGGAGCUAAAACUAUUUGCAACACCAUAAGUAAACAGUCUAUAUUUGAGUGCUUGGAAUUGUCCAAUAACGGAUUCAAAGAUGAAGAUUCGAUUUUAUUUGCUGAUGCCAUUGAGAAGUCUAAGAGUUUACGAGAAGUCAUUCUGUCUCACAAUCACUUUGCAGAGAAGGCUGGAUUUGAAUUCGGAAGAGCUCUAGCAAACAACGACAGACUUGAAGCCUUUGAUAUCAGUUGGAAUCACAUUAAUGGAAGGUCUGCCGAAGCUUUUGCAAAAGGUGUAAAGAAGAAUGUUGGGUUGAAGCGACUUGACAUAAGUUUUAACGGGUUCGGACCAAAUGGUUGUAAGGCAUUGGCUGCAGCGCUGUUGAAGAAUCGGACCUUGCAGGAAUUGGACAUGUCCCACAACAGAAUGGUGGACGAGGAUAUAGCGGUCCUAGCAGGAAGUCUGAUGUCCAACGAUACCCUUAAGAGUCUUGUGGUGGGGGAUAAUCUUUUGACGCAUGAGUCUUCUCUUCACAUUCUGAGAAGUAUAGAAGAUCCCAAAUCAGUCACUGUUCUUGAAAAAGUUGACCUCAAGAAUGUCUGUGUAGAUCAGGAAUUUGUGCAUCUCCUCAACGAAGUAAAGGAAAUCAAAUCCAUAGAAAUAAAACAUGGCAGGAUCAUGCAAGUUGGGAAACCAAGAAGACGAAGAAGGCGAAGAAAACCGAAGCUGAAGCCCGAGGUUCAAACAGAGAAAACCGACCUUUCUACUAAAGAGUCGCCAGCUGAACAUGACAAAGCACAAGAGAAUGCGUCAAACGAAGCAGUGAAUAAACUCAUUACAGACAUUCAUUUGACUGAUAAAGACAGUGUUGGUCACAUAAAGGACGAAAGAAAAAUGGAACAAAUACCUCCCCUUGCACCACCCCCAGGAGGAAUAGUCAGGGAGUCCAUGAUUCUGGGACCGGAAGUGGUCAACAAAAAAGUCAGCUAGAAUUCGAAAUAAACAUUUCGGUCACCUCCUUUUUUAUUUGUUGAUUAUGUAAGGAAUCUUGUUGAUUAAGCAAUAGAUGGAAAGAGAGACUGUACUUUUGAAAGUAAAUAUUCUCGUUCAUUUUUCAAUCAAUAGGUGUAAAAAAAAGUAAGAGUAAUCCUGUACAAAGAGAGAUAUUCCUG